AUGGGGCAGAAGUACUCCUGCAGAUUGGGGUCUGGGGGCAGAAGUACUCCUGCAGAUUGGAGUCAUGGGGCAGAAGUACUCCUGCAGAUUGGGGUCUGGGGGCAGAAGUACUCCUGCAGAUUGGAGUCAUGGGGCAGAGGUACUACAGAUUGGGGUCAUGGGGCAGAAGUACUCCUGCAGAUUGGGGUCUGGGGGCAGAAGUACUCCUGCAGAUUGGAGUCAUGGGGCAGAGGUACUACAGAUUGGGGUCUAGGGGCAGAAGUACUCCUGCAGAUUGGGGUCUGGGGGCAGAAGUACUCCUGCAGAUUGGAGUCAUGGGACAGAAGUACUCCUGCAGAUUGGGGUCUGGGGGCAGAAGUACUCCUGCAGAUUGGAGUCAUGGGGCAGAGGUACUACAGAUUGGGGUCAUGGGGCAGAAGUACUCCUGCAGAUUGGGGUCUGGGGGCAGAAGUACUCCUGCAGAUUGGAGUCAUGGGGCAGAGGUACUACAGAUUGGGGUCUAGGGGCAGAAGUACUGCAGAUUGGGGUCUGGGGGCAGAAGUACUCCUGCAGAUUGGAGUCAUGGGGCAGAGGUACUACAGAUUGGGGUCUGGGGGCAGAAGUACUCCUGCAGAUUGGAGUCAUGGGGCAGAAGUACUCCUGCAGAUUGGAGUCAUGGGGCAGAAGUACUACAGAUUGGGGUCUAGGGACAGAAGUACUCCUGCAGAUUGGGGUCUAGGGACAGAAGUACUCCUGCAGAUUGGAGUCAUGGGACAGAAGUACUCCUGCAGAUUGGAGUCAUGGGACAGAAGUACUCCUGCAGAUUGGGGUCUAGGGGCAGAAGUACUCCUGCAGAUUGGAGUCAUGGGGCAGAAGUACUCCUGCAGAUUGGGGUCAUGGGGCAGAAGUACUCCUGCAGAUUGGAGUCAUGGGGCAGAAGUACUGCAGAUUGGUGUCUAG